AUGUUUGUUGUUCGUUGUAUUGUUGUUACUGUUCUUCUGUUUACUUCUGCAACGUUAGCGCUAAAAUGUCGUACUGGUCGACAACUGGUUCUGUACGGUAACAAUAAUCAAGGCGAUUUUGACAAGCCUAUUGGUCCUGGAUGUCGAUUUGAUCAAAAUUCCAGCACUGAGGUAUGCUGUUGUACGGAUAACAACUGUAAUGGAGUUGGGGCUGUAAAAGCUUCGUUGCUGAUAUCUGUGAUGAUCGUAUUACUUGUUUGCAUAUAUUAA